AUGAUUCGAGACUUGAGCAAGAUGUACCCUCCGGCGCGGCAUCCGGUCCCACCGCAGCCCGGACAGCCGUUUAAAUUCACCGUGUCCGAAUCCUGUGAUCGGAUCAAGGAGGAGUUCCAGUUUCUCCAAGCCCAGUAUCACAGUCUGAAAAUGGAGUGUGAGAAACUGGCAAGUGAGAAAACGGAGAUGCAGAGACACUAUGUUAUGUACUACGAAAUGUCAUACGGACUCAACAUAGAGAUGCACAAACAGGCGGAGAUUGUCAAGCGGCUGAAUGCAAUCUGCGCCCAAGUCAUCCCCUUCCUUUCUCAAGAGCAUCAGCAGCAGGUGGUGCAAGCAGUGGAAAGAGCCAAGCAGGUCACCAUGGCUGAACUCAAUGCCAUCAUUGGGCAGCAGCAGCUCCAAGCUCAACACCUGUCCCACGGCCACGCCAUCCCCGUGCCGCUCACACCGCACCCGGCGGGCCUUCACCCUCCUCUUCCCCCCGGCGCCAGUACCGCCAGCCUGCUGGCGCUGUCCUCGGCCCUGGGCCAUCAGUUGCCCCUCAAAGACGAGAGGAAACACCAGGAAAGCGCCGAAGAACACCCGCGAGAGAGAGAUUCUGUGAAGAGCUCAUCCGUGUCGCCGUCCGCCAGUUUUCGGACCGGAGAGAAGCACCGAAGUUCCGCCGAUUAUGCCGCCGACAGCAAGAAGCAAAAGACAGACGAAAAGGAGUCUAGCUCGAAACUCUAUGAGAGUGACGGUGAAAAGAGUGACGACAACUUGGUCGUGGAUGUCUCCAAUGAGGAUCCGAGCUCUCCCAGAGGAAGUCCCGCCCACUCCCCUCAGGAGAACGGACUGGACAAGAGUCGCCUGCUAAAGAAGGACGCUCCCCUGAGUCCCUCCUCUGUCGCUUCCUCCAGCAGCACACCUUCAUCCAAAUCCAAAGAGAAUCAUUUGAACGAAAAAUCCACGACACCGGUUUCCAAGUCCAGCACGCCCACGUCCCGCUGCGACGCGCCCACUCCUAGCAGCGCCUCUGCCAGCCUUAGGGCGGCUCCGACUAAGCCAACGGGAGUUGAGACACUAGCACCUGGUCUGCGCACACCCCUGGCGGUACCGUGCUCGUACCCCGGCCCGUUCGGGAUGGUACCUCACAUCGGCAUGAACGGCGAGCUAAGCGGAGCGGGCGCCCCCUACGCCGGCUUGCAUAGCAUGACCUCAGUGGCCGCAGCUGCUGUGGCAGCAUACGGACGGACACAAGUGGUGGGAUUUGACCCUCACCAUCACAUUCGUGUCCCUGGCCUUCCUCCUAACCUGUCAGGCAUUCCUGGUGGAAAACCUGCCUACUCCUUUCACGUGAGUGCCGACGGACAAAUGCAGCCGGUGCCUUUCCCUCCCGACGCUCUGAUCGGCCCGGCCAUCCCGCGUCACGCGCGGCAGAUCAACACGCUAAACCACGGAGAGGUCGUGUGUGCUGUCACCAUCAGCAACCCGACCCGUCAUGUUUACACCGGCGGCAAGGGCUGCGUCAAGGUGUGGGACAUCAGUCACCCCGGCAACAAAACCUCCGUGUCUCAGCUGGACUGCCUCAACAGGGACAACUACAUCCGCUCCUGUCGACUGCUCCCUGAUGGACGAACGCUCAUCGUGGGAGGCGAGGCCAGCACUUUGUCAAUUUGGGACUUGGCCACACCCACUCCGCGGAUCAAGGCGGAAUUAACCUCGUCGGCUCCCGCGUGCUACGCCUUGGCCAUCAGCCCAGACUCCAAGGUCUGCUUUUCUUGCUGCUCCGACGGAAACAUCGCGGUCUGGGAUCUUCACAACCAGACUCUUGUUAGGCAGUUCCAGGGCCACACAGACGGCGCCAGCUGCAUAGACAUCUCCAAUGACGGCACCAAGCUUUGGACGGGAGGUCUGGACAACACCGUUCGUUCUUGGGACCUGCGAGAAGGCCGCCAGCUGCAGCAGCAUGACUUCACCUCGCAGAUUUUCUCAUUGGGAUAUUGUCCAACUGGCGAGUGGCUGGCGGUGGGGAUGGAGAACAGCAAUGUGGAGGUAUUGCAUGUCUCCAAACCUGAUAAGUAUCAGCUCCACCUACAUGAAAGCUGCGUGCUCUCGCUUCGAUUCGCUCACUGUGGAAAGUGGUUCGUGAGCACGGGAAAAGACAAUUUGCUCAAUGCCUGGAGAACUCCGUACGGAGCCAGCAUAUUCCAGUCCAAGGAGUCAUCAUCGGUGCUGAGCUGCGACAUCUCCGUCGAUGACAAGUACAUCGUGACGGGCUCCGGAGACAAGAAGGCCACUGUCUAUGAGGUCAUAUACUAG